AUGGGUCUUGACAAGGUGCUUGCCACCAACACAUGGAGCGACAAGCACCCAUAUAUCUAUGCGAAAGUUAUGCCAUCCGCCCAAACUGUGUUGAUCCUUGACACGGGUUGUGGAGGGGCAUCCAACAAUCACUGUAUCGGGGUGAAAAGUCUGAGAGAAUUCCUUCGAAACGUUGGCGUACUGAUCGUCGUACAAAGCCACUGCCACUAUGAUUAUAUACUGGGGAUGGAAGCGUUUGCUUCGGACAGCGUGAUCCUUGGCUCCGAACAUGAUCCAACCUUUGCCUCACCAGAAAACCUCCCUGCGCAUUCGCUCUGUGAAUCCCUAGGUAUCAGGACACCGGAAAGCAUGCUCUACGUCGGCGACACCCUCUAUGAGGACGACCCCAUCAUUUUCCCAGAAGAGGGUAACCUCCCCGACUGGUUUUCUACGGUUGAUGACCUGCUCGCCUUUGUUAGCAAACAGUCGGAUCCCAACAAUGACGUGGUAUCGGGGACGGAAUCGCCUAGAAGGCGUUUUAACAGGAGAGGGCAGUGGGUGGUCGAAUAUAAACAGAUGAGCGGCCGAUUUUCUCUGAUAUGUCCAGAAAGACUAGUAUCACAGGCCAGGAAGGCCAUGUCAAUCUGA